AUGUCUCGUCCAUUCCCUUACACCUACAUCUCCUGUCCCUGCGCGGACACUCCCGUCCCCGAGCCGGGCAGGAAGCGCAAGUCCACACUGUCGCCGCAGAAACCAGAGCGCACAAGCCUCUCAGCAGAAGACACCGAAGAAACACAGAAAGAAGAAGAAGAACAAGAAGCGCAGGGAGAGGAGGAAGAGGAGCAGACGUUCGACCCCAGAUCACCGCGAUCCAACUUCUCGCUGUACCCGCCAGAACAGCUCCUCUAUUGCGAGGACUGUCACCAGAUCAAAUGUCCGCGAUGCAUCACCGAGGAGAUUGUCAGCUGGUACUGUCCCAAUUGCUUGUUUGAAACGCCGAGUAGUAUGGUGAAGAGCGAUGGCAACAGGUGUGGCAGAAACUGCUUCAACUGCCCUGCUUGCACCGCUCCGCUGGCUGUGAGUACCAUUGAAAAUGUAGCCGGUAAUGCGACCCAGCAAGGGCCGUGGGUGCUCUCCUGCGGAUACUGUCUAUGGACCACGCUCGAUAUCGGCAUCAAGUUCGACAAGCCAACCAAUAUCCGCAGCCAACUGCAGAAAAUGACAGAUUCCACUGCUCCAGCCUCCUUUGACAGAAAGCCGUCCCGCACUUUUGGCGAUCUCAAAUCCCCCUUGGCCACUUUUUCGUCCACUGACGAACAAUCCAAUGCCCGUGGUGAAGAGGAUACGGACCAGUCCGCUCGGAAAGAGGACUCGGCACCUCCUCUGGGCGCGGAAGCACGCUUUGCUGCAUUAAAAUCAUUCUACCGUACCCAAAUCAACGAGACUUCCAACUCGCCAAGCGAUCCUCUCAACUCGGACUUUGGAUUCUCUUCGCCCGGAGCCCUGAACCGGCUCAUGUCUCUCUACGCCUCGUCAUCCCGUCUAGGUGGACUCUACGGCAGCGGUAACAAGAAGCCCAAAUCCAAACCGCCGGUCAUGCGCGAAGCCCUCACGGCCAGCGAGGGUCUCCGCGUUGCCGACUCACGCGCCGAACUCGAGGUGAUCGAACGCCUGGCUUCUGCAGAAUGCGGCUGGAACGGCGUUGCCUCAGCAGACCAGCUAACAGAGCAAUCGCCUGACGUCCGCUUUGUCGACGAUCUACUCCCCCUCCCAGUCCUCCUGCGCACCAAGCGCGCCAAACGCUGCAAAUCCUGCAAGCACAUCCUCGUCAAGCCCGAGACCAAGCCGCAGUCCACCCGGUUCCGAAUCCGCCUCAUCGCACUCAGCUACAUCCCACUCCCGACUCUGCGGCCACUUGCUUUCCCCUCAUCAUCUUCGGCAGUCUCUCCGACCGUCCCUGCUCCAGAUCUCACUGCCCUACCCCCUCUCCGGCCUAUUCAUGUCCUUCUCAACCUCAAAAACCACAUGUUCGACCCCGUGCGCAUCACUCUCGCCACACCGUCCGUAACUCCGGGCCGCGUUGCCUCCAAGGUGACUAUCCUGUGUCCGCAAUUCGAAAUCGGCGCCAACAGCGACGUCUGGGACGAGGCGCUGCAAGGUGCAGAGGCCCCCAUCGCCGAUUCUCGAUCUGCCACUAUGCGCGGCGGGGAAAAGGUCCCCGAGGCCGGGAAGGUAUGGGACAAGGGCCGGAACUGGACCACUGUUGUACUAGAAGUCGACGUACUGGAAAUCCCGGUGUUUGUGCAUAUGGAAUGGGAGGCGGAGGCACAGCUUGAGCAGCAGAAUGUUGGUAAGAGUUCCAAGCCAGAUGAUCUGGUUACACGGGAACUGGCUUAUUGGAUGGUCCUGGGCGUGGGGAGGAUCCAGGCUGGGUUGUGA